AUGACAGGGGCGUGGCUCGGCUUUGUGACGGCAUCAGCGAGCGACCGCAGGAAGUGCAGCCAGGGCAGCAGCCACCCCAGAGGCCCUGGGCAGGAUCUGAUGCCGGUGCUGGUCCUAAGAGCCCUUCCAGCAAGUCUGAGACUGAGCUGGAGACUGCCCAGCUGCACGAGCUGGGGCGGGACAGAGUCCAGGGGCGUUUCCCAUCUAGCUGGGGCUAUGAGGCUGGUCCAGUUUCAAACCGGCUCGGAUGGGCCCAGGAUUGGGCUGGAGGAGAAAGAUGGAGGCAACGUGAUUGAUUUAAAUGCUUUCGACCCCUCCCUUCCCAAGAGGAUGAGAGAGUUCCUGGAGGUAGGGGACGCAGCACUGGCCGUAGCGAGAAGGGCUCAGGAGUCUGGCCAGCACAUCCUGCCACGUGAUCAGGUGACCCUCCUGGCCCCCAUAACCAACCCGGGGAAGGUGAUCUGCGUGGGGCUGAACUACGCAGACCACUGCCGGGAGCAGAACAUAAACAUCCCCGAGGAGCCCAUCAUCUUCAGCAAGUUUACCAGCUCCAUCAUCGGCCCCUACGACGAGAUCAUCCACCCAGCCGAGAGCCAAGAAGUCGACUGGGAGGUGGAGCUGGCAUUUGUCAUCGGGAAGAAAGGGAAGCACAUCAAGGAGUCAGCCGCGAUGGAUCACAUUGUGGGAUUCAUGGUUGCCCAUGACGUCACCGCCAGGGACUGGCAGAUGAAGAGGAAUGGGAAGCAGUGGAUCCUGGGGAAAUCCUUUGACACCUUCUGCCCCUUGGGCCCUGCCAUUGUCACCAAGGACUGUGUGUCAGACCCUCACAAGCUGGGAAUCCGCUGCAAAGUGAACGGGGAGCUCGUCCAGGACAGUAACACCAACCAGAUGAUCUUCAAAACGCAGGCGCUGGUCGCGUGGGUCUCCCGGUUCAUCACGCUGUACCCAGGAGACGUCUUCCUCACCGGGACCCCCCCAGGCACCGGAGUUUUCCGGAAGCCCCCUGUGUUCCUGAAGAGAGGAGAUGUGGUGCAGUGUGAAAUUGACCAGCUAGGAGCCCUCCGAAACAAGGUCGUUUGAGGAUGCCCCACCAGCGCGGUCCCCAGGGCACAGGAGCUGAUCAUGGACACUGGCAAGUGCAGCACUUUAAUGGCCUUCGGCUAAUCGUGCCACUCAACGGUGUGUGGAUUUUGCAAUAAAGCUCUCGCUGAAGGGCCAGCCCUGGUAGCU